CAACCGCAGCGUGGGGAAGUGUUUGAAGUGGGCUGUUUAGCGCAGCUGUGGUCGAGUCAUUGCCGGGUUUUGUCCGACCAGAAGCCCCGAGCUUGUUGCCAUCCCACCCGAGUCGAAUCGCCAUGCCCCACCUCUUCUUUUCUCCCCUCCCCGCACCGGAAAGAGGGGUGGCAGCUGCGAUGUCGGGGUAGUUAUAUGCCGCCCACUCUUCUUAAAAUGCCUGUAUUCCACUGUUCUAGACACAUUCCGGUUCGCUUCAUCAACCGCAUAUCCCACAAUCGCCCUUUGUACACCAUGUCUAAGAUCGCUUCCACCUUCUCGCGCCUCGUGCGCUUCGUUCCCAAGUCGAACCCCACCAAGAUCCUUAUCGGUGAGCCUGUCGAUGCGUCAAUCGACGUGGGCUUGGCCGUCUACAAGGGCCAGGAGGUCUCUGUGCACCCUUUCUCCGGCAGCUCCGUCCUAAACCCCGGCCAAAAGACCGACGCGACCGAGACGAUCGAGCGCAUUCUUUCUCCAUUGGCACAGAGCGAGGUUGGAACGAUCCGCUGCAUUGGCCUGAAUUAUGUCUCCCACGCGGCUGAGAUGAAGCUUGAUAUCCCCAGCGUCCCCACGCUCUUCAUGAAGCCGCCAACGGCACUCUCCGACCCGUGGCCCGCUCCCACUGUCCUGCCCAAGAUCACCCAGAAGGACAACACCGGUGACUACGAGUCGGAAAUGGUCAUCGUCAUCGGCCGCGACGCUAAGGAUGUGAGCGAGGAGGAGGCGCUGGACUACGUGCUCGGAUACACAGCUGCCAAUGACGUAUCCAGCCGGACAUCUCAGAUGAACCAGAGCCAGUGGUGCUUCUCCAAGGGAUUUGACACUUCCUGCCCUAUCGGCCCCGUCCUCGUCUCCGCUGCUCAAGUCCCCGACGCCAGCAAACUUCACAUCCGCGGUACCAAGAACGGCAAGGUGCUGCAGGAUUGCCCUCUCACCGACCUGAUCUUCAGUGUGCCCCAGCUCGUCAGCUUCUUGUCGCAGGGCACCACCCUUCCCGCUGGAACCAUCAUUCUGACCGGUACUCCCCCCGGUGUUGGUGCCGCCAAGAACCCCAAGGAAUUCCUGAAGCACGGCGAUGAAUUUGCCGUUGAGCUGCAGCCCCAUGUGGGAACGUUGAUUACCAAGAUUGAGAACCAGGCUUGAGGUUGAGUUUUUGUAGCGAUAAUAUCACAUUUUGAAUAAAAUUAGAGUUUUGC